AUGGGCCAAGGGUAUUCUUUGACCACCCUGUCCGCAGGGUCGGCCGGUAUUGACGUCGCUGAGCUGUCUGACCUCGUGUAUGAGAAGUCUUUGGGCUCCGCAAGAUUUAUGAAAAGCAUCAGGGCUCGGAAGCGGAAUGGCCUGGCGUUUGUCAAGGUCAUCAUGAAACCUUAUCCAAGCAUGCAGUUGGAUCCCUAUGUUAAAGCAAUAACACGUGAAAGGGAUCUGCUGGCCAGUAUACCGAAUGCCCUCGCCUAUCAACGGAUAAUUGAAACUGGCACCAGUGGGUACUUGGCUCGCCAAUAUAUUCAUAGUUCUCUAUAUGACAGAUUAAGUACACGUCCUUUUUUGGAGGAUAUUGAGAAGAAAUGGAUCGCUUUUCAACUGCUUUGCGCACUUCGAGACUGCCACUCCCAAGAUGUCUUUCAUGGAGACAUCAAAACAGAAAACGUACUCGUUACUUCCUGGAAUUGGCUUUAUCUGUCUGACUUCUCAUCGUCCUUUAAGCCAACCUUUCUCCCGGAAGAUAAUCCGGCUGAUUUUUCUUUUUACUUUGAUACUUCUGGUCGACGAACAUGCUACCUGGCUCCUGAGCGAUUUAUGGAGGCAGGUGAAGAACCGGGAGAUAGACAAGUCAACUGGGCAAUGGACAUAUUCAGUGCUGGAUGUGUUAUCGCAGAGCUCUUUCUCGAAUCUCCCAUAUUUACACUCAGCCAGCUCUACAAGUACCGGAAAGGGGAGUAUAGUCCUGAGCACAGUCACCUCUCGAAAAUAGAAGAUCAUGACGUCAAAGAGUUGAUACUUCAUAUGAUCCAAAUCAAUCCGGAAUCUAGGUAUUCUGCGGAGGAAUAUCUGAACUUUUGGAGGCGCAAGGUUUUCCCAGACUAUUUCUACAGCUUUCUUCACCAAUACAUGUCUCUCAUAACCGAACCAACACCAGGGAGGGCACAUGUAGAUGCUGAAAUUGGUAACUUUGGGGAGUCUGAUGAUCGCAUUGAUCGGCUGUAUCUAGACUUUGACAAGAUAUCUUACUUCCUGGGAUCCGCCCCAGUGCAUGUCAAGGAUGGAUCCAAGCUGACAAGGCCAAAUCUGAUUAACCAGUCCCUUCCAGUGCAGUUGGAUUUACCCAACUCGCAGCACGAGACGUCAAACCUAAAGCCACAGGAAGGUGCUCUCAUUUUCCUUACAGUCGUUGUAUCGAACCUAAGGAACACGUCCAAGGCGUCUGCUAAGGUCAAAGCUUGCGACUUGCUUUUGGCAUUUGCUGAGCGGCUUUCCGACGAAUCAAAGCUUGACCGAAUUCUUCCUUAUGUCAUGAUUUUGCUAAAUGAUCGAUCUGACGUGGUGAAAGUCGCGGCGAUACGCACUCUUGCGCAGCUGUUAUCAAUUGUUCAGGUGGUCUCACCGGUCAAUGCCUAUAUAUUCCCGGAAUAUAUAUUUCCUAGGUUACAGCGAUUUGUUUCCGACUCCACAUCAAAUCCUAGCCCUAUUGUCCGCGCUGCCUAUGCUUCCUGUAUCUCCUCGCUUGCGCAGUCGUCGCUGAGAUUCUUGGACUUGAUUCAAGCUCUUAGGACUGACACACGGCUAAGGUCUGUCAUUCCAGCGGGCUCCGAGGUUGAUUGGACUGAAGACGCAACUUUUCACAAUCUCUACGAUGUGGCGAGAGCCGAUCUCCUCGACUAUUUUGAAGUUCAUACAAAGGCUCUUUUGACCGACAGCGACCCUUCUGUGCGUCGCGCUUUUCUAGGCUCUGUCUCUAGCCUUUGUGUUUUCUUCGGCAGCACCAAAAUUAACGAGGUCAUCUUGAGUCAUUUGAAUACUUACCUGAAUGAUAAAGACUGGAUUCUCAAAUGCGCGUUUUUUGAAUCCGUCGUAGGGGUUGCAACAUACGUUGGAAGCACAAGCCUUGAAGAAUUCAUUUUGCCCUUGAUGGUUCCGUCACUGACAGACACUGAAGAUUUCGUUGUUGAACGGGUCAUUCGGGCUAUGGCGGCUAUGGCAGAUUUAGGCCUAUUUCAACGGUCUACAACAUGGGAGCUGCUUAAUAUCGUGGUGCGGUUUUUCACUCAUCCAAGCAUUUGGGUCAGAGAAGCCUCGGUAUAUUUUGUCGUAACUUGUUCCAAAUACCUUUCUUUUGCAGACAAACACUCAGUUCUCACGCCACUCAUACGGCCAUUUCUGAAAACAAACAUCAUCGAAGUGACCGAAAGUGAAAUUCUUGAUGCACUGAAACGUCCGUUGCCGAGGAGUAUAUUUGACAUGGCUUUAAUUUGGGCCCAGAAAACAGAAAAGGGCAAUUUCUGGAAAGCGGCUAAUCGAGAGAGUACUUUCAGCCUCACUGGUAGUGAUGCUAUCAUCGGCAAAGGAUUCCCAAAAAAUGUGUCCCUUGCUACGAUCUCAAGGAAUGAAGAAGAUGCGCAGUGGAUCUCAAGGCUGAAAAAUCUUGGUAUGACCCAAGAAGAUGAGUUUAAAGUUUUUGUUUUACGAGAAUACCUCUGGAGGGUGGCAAUGAGAUCACGCAAGAGCUCUGACGUAACGGAGCCAACGAAAUUGAACAACAUCCUAGCCCUCACUCAAUAUGGGAUUACACCGCAGACAGUAUUCUUUGACAAAAACCAGGAAAUUAGACAAAGAAAGGCAUCAAUGGACAACCUGAUUAGCCAGGAAAACCAGGGAGUGAAAAUCUCUCACACCAUAGCAGACGCAUUGCUUGAUGCAUCGAUGACUCAUGAAUCUCAGGUGACGGCGCGUCAAAAGCACAAGCACUCGGCAAGUCAUAGACAGAAAGAAACCAACUCUGGGCGUCGGAGUUUAGCUUUGGCGGGAGCCAUGAGAGCUGACUCUCAGACUCCUAUCUCUACUUCUCCAACAACAGCUCAGCCAGCAUCGCAAGAAUCAUCAGGUCCCCACUCAGAUAUAGAAGGCGUGGCAAACACAGCCUCUUUAGACGCGGACAGGGCCUCAGACCGAAGUAGCAUAGCGACUACAACCGAUACUGGAACCAUAACACGAAUGAAUUCGCUAUCUCAAAUUGAGAGAAAGUCGAGCGCUAUAAUCCUCCUGAAUCGCAAGGAGACAGCCAAAGCUUAUGCAGAAACAAGUAUGAGCUCAACCAAUGCAUUUGGCAAGGUGGACGUUCAUUCUCAGAAAAAUCCUUCUACUUCCACUUUGGCGCUGGCAAAGGAGAGUGUAGUUCAGCAAAUAACGCCGCAGCGAUAUCGUGCCGAACAUUCAUACAAGGGCGGUGAUCCCAGGAUUUUGAGGCUCCUAGACAAUGUGUUCGCGGAAAAUUAUCCCACUGAUUUCUUCGACCUUGGACCAUAUGUGAAGGACAUUGAUUCUCGGCGUUCAAUAAAAAGAGCUAGUGGCGAGGAGAAUGAUAAACCAUGGCGACCCGAAGGUGUGUUGGUUGCUAUGUUUGGCGAACACACUGGACCAGUUAAUCGAGUAGUCACUGCGCCGGACCAUGCAUUCUUUGUGACUGCUUCGGACGAUGGUUCUGUAAAAGUAUGGGAUACUACACGAUUGGAGAAGAAUUUAACACCGAGAUCCCGUCAAACUCAUCGUCACGCUCCAGGGGCCAAGGUGAAAUGCUUGACGUUCGUCGAAAACACUUAUACAUUUGUUAGCGGUGCGACAGAUGGAAGCAUUCACGCCGUCAAAGUUGACUAUCAAAAUGUAAACGAGACAUCACGUUAUGGGAGACUACAAACUGUCCGGCAAUAUCAGUUGCCAGUAGGAGACGAUGGCUCGGUCGAAUAUGCAACAUGGGUUGAGCACUUCCGCUCAGAAGCUCAGUCAACGUUGCUAAUUGCUACCAAUACCUGUCGAAUCUUAGCCCUUGAUAUGAAAACAAUGCUGCCAUUGUAUACUCUGCAAAAUCCGGUGCAUCAUGGUACGCCGAAAGUGUUUUGCUACGAUCGAAAACACAGCUGGCUUUUGGUUGGGACGUUACACGGCAUCCUAGAUUUGUGGGAUUUGCGUUUCAGAGUCAAGUUAAAAGCGUGGGGCCUUCCAGGAGGUACAGCCAUUCAUCGACUACAAAUUCAUCCAACCAAAGGCCGCGGUCGCUGGGUCUGUGUAGCUGGUGGAAGUGUACAUGGUGGUGAAGUCACGGUGUGGGACAUCGAGAAGGUUCAAUGUCGAGAGGUAUACCGAACCGGAUCAGCGUCUAAUACUGGAAAUUAUCUGUCUGCGCCAAAUGGCAAUGCUACUAGUCAGCGAACAUCAAUUGUGAACAACCUGGCCGCGAUGAAUACGGUUACUAAAAGCUAUGAACCCUGGCGCGUGGAUGAGGACCGGCCUGAGGGAAUGCUUAGCCGGUUCGCUAAUAGUACAUCGGCACCGGGCAUAGAAUCGAAUGCUAACUCGACGUCACCAAAUUCAUCGGGGCUUAGUGAUCCAAAUGGGAUUUGUGCUUUGCAUGUAGGAUAUGAUAUGCCAGCCGGUGGUAAAGAAAGUACGAAAUGUGGAUUUGUGAUCUCGGCUGGUUCGGAUCGCAAAGUGCGAUUUUGGGAUCUCGUUCGACCCGAGUUUUCGAGUAUUAUAAGUGGGUUUGACGCUUCUUCUGACGCCGGUGCUGCUGUCAAGCCUCACUAUGAGACUUUGCAGCCAGCAACCAGUCUCACGGUCACGACUGAAUAUUCGCCCAACAUUACCGGAACCAGCGUCAGCAGCCGAGGCGGGAAUACUUCUAAGAAGGGGCAUAGUGCGAGCGCUUCAAGGCCACCUCGUAGCACAGUUAUUAGCCUGCAGCAACAGCAGUUACUCAAGAGUCACCUAGACUCGAUUCUUGAUGUAGCUAUUCUUCGGGCGCCAUAUGGAAUGACAGUGAGUGUGGACCGGGCUGGGAUGGUUCAUGAUUAUCUUGAUCAUGGCCCAGCUUUUGAUGCUGUGGAAUAG